AGUAAUAACAAUGUUCAAACCAAAUACGUACCCAUUGAGCCCAAUUUCCUACUUAAUAGAACGUAUUAAUUUAUAAAAUCUUGAUAUUACCUUCUACACAUUUUAUAAUCAUUCCUAUCGCAUCGCGUUUGUUACCACAUUUUAACAGCUGAUCUGCUCGUCUUACUCGAAAGUUCAAUAGUAUGAUUUGAGUGUUCGAGUUCAGCGGUUGUUUGUUUUUAUGUUAAGUUUAUGUGUGUACAUAGUAUCGUGUAUAACUAAGUCUCUCUUUCAUAAAAAAAGUUAAAACGUGCCAAUCUUACCUUCUAAAUGCUGUGAUAAUAAAUUAAGAUUUCAUUAUGGAUCCGAUAAGUGUUAGCUGCUUAACAUUAAAUGGCGAAGAGAACGCAAAAGCCAUAGAAGCUGAACAAAAACGGGAUGCGAAAUUUGAACAAGUUAUUGGUAGUUGUAAAUCACUUAGUAGAUAUGAAGGAAAAACAUUUAAAACCGUAUUACCGCAGGUAACCGCUACACUUAUGGCUGUAUCUUUACAUGUUGCAGUAGGACUAUCUAUGUCAUUUUCUGGUAUUUUGAUACCUGCGUUGGAUAAAGUUCGUCUAAAUGGAACAGACGACGAUGGAAAUCUUUAUGCAACCGAAGCGGAAUCUGCAUGGAUAGCUAGCCUAGUAGUCAUUGCUGUUCCCUUCGGUUCCAUGACAUCAGGAUUUUUAGCAGAUAUUUGGGGCAGAUUGUGGACAGUAAAAGUUUCUGUUAUACCUUUUGUGUUAGGUUGGUGUCUAAUAGCAACUGCGCAGAGUAUUCCACAAAUUUUGAUUGGAAGGUUUUUAACGGGAUUUGCUACACCUUGGUCUAGUAUUCCAGCUACAGUUUAUGUAUCUGAAAUUGCUAGAGCUGACAUGAGGGGAUCCUUAAUUGUAACAGCACCUACUCUAACAUCUGCUGGUAUGCUCAUUCUUUACUUAAAGGGUUGGUUUUUGCAUUGGAGAACUGUGGCUUGGUUAUGUAAUGCCUACGUUUUACUACCGGUGCUGUUGGUUUUCUUGAUACCGGAAAGCCCGCCAUGGUUAAUCUCAAAAGGAAGAAUCGAUGAGGCAGCUAAAAGUUUACGAUGGUUCAAUAGAUAUCAACCUCAACCGGAUAAUAGGAACGAAUCAAUGGCGGAAUUACAAUUGCAAGCUCUUCAAGCUGAGCAUCAGAAACAGUUAGAAAGUCAAGCAACUAAUUUAGGAUUACUGGGAGUAAUUAAAGAAUUUAUGAAACCAACCGCAUACAAACCUCUAAUCUUGCUUACUGGUCUUUUUGUUUUUCAAAUGUUCUCCGGAAUCUACAUCACAUUGUUUUACUCUGUAACCUUUUUUGAAGCAGUCGGUACCAAAGUUAACCCUUAUUUAGCAUCAACAUUAAUUUGUCUAAUUCGAAUGAUAAUGGCGUUUUCGAAUUCCUAUUUACUUAAGACAUUCAAGAGACGCACACUUUUGAUGAUGAGUGGAUUUGGUAUGUCUAUAUGUAUGGUUUUUUCCGGACUUUCAACAUAUUGGAUUAAGACUGGUACUUCUAAUCAAACGUUUUUACCAGUUAUGUUCAUGCUACUUUACAUCUUCACAUCGAUAGGCAUGCUAUGCAUUCCUUGGACAAUGAUGUGUGAGCUAUUCCCUCUUGAAAUUCGUGGCGUAGCGAACAGUCUUGCUUACAGUAUCGGCAACUUGAUCAUAUUUGCUUCUGUUCAAAGUUUUUAUGGAUUGCUUUCAAUUUUCCAAGGAUACGCAGGCAUUCAAUGGUUCUUCGCAGUUAUUUCCAUUCUUGGCAGCAUAUACGCUUACAUAUUUCUACCAGAAACUCACAAUAAGAAGUUAACAGAAAUUUCCGCUUAUUUUGAAGAUAAUUUCAUUUAUAUUUUAUCGAAAAACAAAAAACCAAAACAAAAGAAAUAUUCUACCAAGAAUAGAUUUGGUAAAAAAACUAUUGUAAAAACUGUUGAAAAUGGUCAAGAUGAAAAGUUACUUCAAUUGUAGAAAAAAAUAUAACUUAUUCUUUUCCAAUGGUACCUCGUAAUAGAAGCAAUAAGUAUAUCGUUUACUCAAAUAAAAAUAUCACACUAUUUAGUGAACUUUUUCUGUGAAUUACGUUAUAAUAUUUAUUUAUUUAUGAAAAUUUCCAAGAAAUAAUAUAUAUUCAUAACAAUAUACAAAAAUAUACAGCAUUGUGGACAGUGGUCUUUUUUAAUAGUUUCAUAUACAUUGUCCUGUCCAUCCUGUCCUGUCACAUAGAAAGGUCACAAAUAAGAAAAAAAAAUGAUUAUUUUUCGAUAUAUUCUCCCUUUAUAUUCACACAUUUUUCAGAUCGUCUUAUUAAGGGCAAGUUUCUUCAUGUUCUAAUAAAGUGCCAAAGAAUAAAUGUUUACUGUUUCUUCACUCUCUUGAUCUAACCUAACUAAUAAGUAUUUGUCACUUUAUUAUGUAUUUAACAAAUAAUCUACUGUUGGUAUAUAUAGCAAUCGUCCAUGUAUUGAAUAAGGAAAGAAAUAAAAAAAGAAAAUUUAAACUGACAUAGAUUCAGCCACUAAGCUUUGGAAAUCGAUAAUGCCAGCUGACAGAUUCACCAAAUAGAUAAAGUUAGAAUUAAAAUGGUUAAUACAAAUAUACUAAAAUCUGAUUGGUAAUUUUGAGAAGAGUUGUGGACAAUUCUGGUAUCUAUACUCUUACAAAGGAUAUUUUAAUGGUAAUUGUAUGAAAGACUUGCUCAGAGACAUACAAAAGUUUUGUGACCUAUCUGAAAAUUGCUUGAACUAUUAAACAGUGAUACUAUGUUCAGAAUAAAAUGUUACAAGGAAAUUGGACGUGAAAUUUAGCUGAAAGAUAUAGCUCAAAAACGAUUAAACGAAUAUUAACUCGAAAAUUUCAAAUAAUGAUUAUGAUUACAACCAUUCUUAUUCUUAAGGCUGUUAAUGUUGUAAACAUGCCAUUGAUGCCUAAUUUCUUGACGAUUCAAAUAAACAAAAAUGUAACAUGACUUCUAUAUCGUUAUACUUUAUGCCUGGAAGUAUUGAAACCCUUUAACCAGACCUCCCAGAUGGUUCCUCCAACAUCCAGAAUUAACUCCCUCCAUGAGUAUAUAAAUGAAUCGAUAUAAUCAUUCGAGGAAAUUUCCAGAAAUUGCAGAUAUCUGAUAAAAAUUAUAUUACAAGGGAAGAAUUUUAAUAUGUGAAUUAUUUGGAAGGACUAAUAUAAUUAUUUGAAAAAUAAUGAAUGCAUUUGCGUGAUAUUUUUUGAAUGUAUAUAACUAUUUAUUUUUAUAGGUUUGCAGUGUUUUGUAAAAUAUUGAUUAAAUAAAUAUAUUUCUUAAUA